AAUAUACCUAGUAAAUUAUUAUGCCAUAGCAUAACACAAACUCAACCAUAUCAUAUCAUCUAUCUCUCUAUUUUCCCAACUCUUAAACUCAACCAAUAAAUAGUUAUGAAUCCUCCAACUUCACAAUUACAUUAUGCACAGCCACCUUAUCCACCACCAGCCACCGGUAUCCCCGUGGGCCACCACCAUAAAAUCGACCCCCAAGAAUGGUCUACUGGUCUAUGUGACUGCUUCUCCGACCUCCAAACAUGUUGCAUAACGUAUUGGUGUCCGUGCAUCACCUUUGGUCGAAUUGCUGAGAUUGUUGACAAAGGAACAACUUCAUGUCUUGUGAGUGGAUCACUGUACACACUGAUAUGUUGUUUAACUGGUUGUGGAUGUUUAUACUCAUGUAUCUAUCGUAACAAGAUGAGACAACAAUACAUGCUCAAAGACAAACCUUGUUGUGAUUGCUUACUUCAUUGGUGUUGUGAAUCAUGUGCAUUGUGUCAAGAAUAUCGUGAGCUUCAAAACCGUGGAUUUGACAUGCAACUUGGGUGGGAUGGAAAUGUUGCGCAAGGAAGUAGAGGAGUGGUCAUGGCACCAACAGCUCCAAGAGUUGAAUUCAUGACUCGUUGAAGUUAUACGAUGCAUGUUUAUUCACAUACUUGAGUACCAUAAGAUUUUUUAAUUUCUGGAAUUAUUGUGAUGGUUAAUUUGAAUAAUUGUCUUUUAGCUUUGUGUAAUUGGCUAUUAAAUUAAUAAAGAAAUUAUUGUUUGGUUUA